UUAGUCGAACGCCGAUUGUCGGCGGCAUUAGUUCAGAUUCAGAGUUAAAACUCAAAUACGAGCAUAAUUCCCAAUUCCCAAAUAAGAUUCAACUGCGAUACAUACAUUAGUGCACCUUGGAGAUACAGACACUGCAAUGUUUGCACAGCUUUUGAGUGCUGAAUGGAUGUCUUAUCAACGACUACAGUGAAACUUCGCCCACUUCCGACGCAUAUAGCCAUAACCAAGCAAGGGAAAGAAGAAUAUUAACGUACAAACAUUGAUUUUGGGAAAUGAACAUGGACCUGAAAAUGGAGCUGGGCGGUUACGUGCAGUCCGCGCCCAACACAAAGCGCUUCGUCGUGGAGGACUCGAUAACCAAGGUGACUUCCGAUGGGGAACCGCACGGCAUGAUGACCAUGGUGGCCGGAUUAUCCGGCCUUUUGGCGGCCAUCAUCAUUCUGGCCGUCCUCGUGUCCAUGGUGGCCUGUCGCAAGCAGAAGAGCAACGCCACCCGGAAGAGCAAUUCCUCCGCCAACGUGGUGGCCAUGACCAGUGUGGCGCAGGAUCAGCCACAGUUGGCCGGCAAUUUGAACGCAGCGUUCGCAGAGAGCACUCUGACCUUGGACAAGGCCAAGCAGGGCACGGAGGACCAGUGGCGACCCACAUCCGUGGUGGUGCAGCGGUACUAGUGGAACCACCACCGCCAAGCAGCAGCGCACGGGCACGUGAUGUUUAUUGUUAACGUUUGAGACUGACACCUAGCCUAAGGACUUCCAUCACCAUCAUAUAUCUAUAUCACAUAUGACACCUUUUUUUUGCUUGCUAAAAUACUAUAUAAAAUAUGUGCAAAUAUAUAUUAUUUUAGAGUUAAAGGGAGAACUUUAAUUGCUCUAAUUUCGACUGCGAAAUAAGAUAAUUCAGAUAAUUUUUACACCCGUUACUAUACUAGAUUCGUUGAA